AAGAUGCUAAGGAGUGGUCUGAGUUCUGUAAUAACUUUAAGGAAGUUGGUCCUGGUGGUCCUUCUGUGCGAGGUGACCGAUAUGAAUUUGGUGACCAAGAAGGCAGUAGUGAAGACGAUGGAUACGAGCAGUUGUUGGAGACGGACGAUGAAGCUGAAGCCAACCAUUGUGAUCAAUGCUCCGAUACUCAUGAGGAAACCGGGAAGGCCUAGAGUGAAUAGGAGGAGGAGCUACGAUGAAUCACAAUCUAAGAAGAAACCUAGGUCCUGUAGCAAGUGCAAACAAACUGGUCACAACAAAACUACUUGUGGGGGUGGCGCAGUUGGUUUAAAUCCGAAGGCAAAGAGACUUAGAACUGAGGUAGAUGGUCAGACUUUCACAAGCAUUAACUAUAAUCACGGUCAAAGCCGCACUGGAAAACGUAAGAAUAAUGGCAACAACAACAUUAAUCUUGCUGAAUCUUCACAACCUGGAGGAUCACUAGUUGAUUAAUGGGG